GUAAAAUUUAAGAUAAGGUGUUUUAUUCAAAAUCUAAAUUUUGGCUCUAGUAGCGGGCCUACUCACAUUAACGUAGCGUUGACAAGUGAUAAUGACUGCUUUCAACUCCUUCAGAUCGUCCAAAUUGGUCUCAUGGAAACCUACCGGCAGGCUUCAGCAAACCCUAGCGAAUUGCGUAGAGCGGAGGGGCAAGGCUUUGCAUUCAGGAAAGGGUUCGACAGUGCGAUUGUGCCCUGGGUUCGCCGGCGAAGGAAGGUACUUUGAUUAUCGGAGCAAUUUGAUUCCGGCAUCUAUUGAUUUUGUUCAGGUGUCGCCUCUCUGUACCACUCUCUGUAAAGAUGGUUUCCGUGUUCGAACCGUAGAGCACUUACUUUCUGCAUUGGAGGCUGCUGGAGUUGAUAAUUGCAUAAUUGAGAUUGAGAAUUUGGAUGCUGAAGAGCGUGAUGCUGAGCAGAUUCCUAUAUUUGAUGGAUCAGCAAGAGAAUGGGUUGAAGCAGUGGAUGAAGUUGGUUUAAAGGUGGCAACAACCCGGGAUGGCAAACAUUGUGAGAAAAUGGCAGCACAUGUGAAUGAACCGGUGUAUGUUUGGAGGGAUGAUUCUUUUGUUUCUGCAUUUCCUUCAAACGUGGUUAAGAUAAGUUAUGGCAUCAGCUUUCCACAGGCACCAGCUAUAGGCUCCCAGUGGUUUUCUACACCAUCUGUGGACAAUUUGUUUUAUACCAGACAGAUCGCUUUGGCAAGAACCUUCUGUAUUUAUGAGGAGAUCGAGGAAAUGCGCAAUGUUGGACUUAUCAAGGGGGGUUCUCUGGAAAAUGCCAUUGUAUGCUGUACCAGUAAAGGUUGGUUGAACCCACCUCUGCGUUUUAAUGAUGAACCAUGCCGCCACAAGGUCUUAGAUCUUAUUGGUGAUCUUUCACUUUUUGCUCAGUUUGGGAAUCAAGGACUUCCAGUGGCACACAUUGUAGCUUACAAGGGUGGCCAUGCUUUGCAUGCUGGUUUGGCACGCCAGUUAAUGGGUGAGUGAUUUCAAAAGCUAGUGCGCAGCCAUGAUUAAACACGAGCCAGUUGCAGCCAAGGUCGCCCCAUGAAGAUAUGCUGAAAGGAAGAUGUUAUAUAAGUUUCUGUAACGUAACACACGCAAGUAACUUGUAUUUUUUCCAAAUUGAGUUGCGGGGAAGCAAAUGGAGUUGAAGACAUCCUAGCUGGGAAGGCACAUGGCCUCCCUCUGGGAAUGCAUGUUUUUUAUAGGGAAACAAUUCACGUGAUCAGGCUUUGAGUAAUUACCAAAUCAGUACCUAAGUUUUUAAAAUUGGAUACUUUCGUCUCUCAAAUUUUAAAAUACACAAAACAGUUGCCAACAUUUAUUUUCGUUAGACAAUAUAGUUCUCCUCUAUUAGU